UGGGUCGUUCAUCCUUCCUGCUUUCUCCCGCACGUUUGGUGUUAUGGGGCAGAGCCUCCUUUCUGUCCGCACCACCUGAGGAUCCCGGAAAUCGCCCCCGCGAUGGAAGAGGACCAGGAGCUGGAGAGGAAAGCUAUAGAGGAGCUGUUAAAAGAAGCAAAACGUGGAAAAACUAGAGCAGAAACAAUGGGACCUAUGGGCUGGAUGAAGUGUCCUCUUGCUGGUACAAAUAAAAGAUUCCUGAUUAACACAAUCAAGAACACAUUGCCCUCCCAUAAAGAGCAAGACCAGGAACAAAAAGAGGGCAGUAAGGAACCUGCAAAACACCAGGACCAGAAAGAAGCCAACCCAAAAAAGCACAGAAGCCACCCCUACAAGCACAGCCGAGGCCACUCUCCACCAAGGAAGCGGAGCUCCCGGGACAAGUGUGACCCACGACCCAGCAGGCGGUGAGGCUGAGCCAAGAGUGGCAACCCCGCCAGGCCAGCCCAUCAUUGCACCUGCGACUCGGUGCAUGAGGACAGGUGUGAGCUGGCAGGGUGAACACCUGAGCGUGACUUUCCCUGUAGGUCCCUUGCUGUUUUUAAGGAGGCUAUUGGUGAUGGGCAAAUUAAAAAAAAAAAAUGACCUUGUGACUCUUCAAGAAAACCAAACAAAGGAACUUGCCCUGAAGAUGUCGUGUGUAAGCUGCUUCAGCAGUGUCCUGCACAGCCGUAGUGUUUUUAUUCUAUCUUGUUUGGAAGUUCAUUUCAAAACAAGCCAGUGUGGAAUUUAAAGUUUUCAAAUUGUUAAAACUAGUUCCAGUUUUUUGACUUGCUGCACUUUUGGUCAUUUCUUGAAUUUUCUCAAAAAAUAAAAUACUUAUAAAUCCUG